AACGGAAGUAGGGUGCUUAGUUUUGCUGCCGGGAGUUGGUCGAGAGUUGGGUUCAGUCCUGGCCAGUUGUGGGGACGGCACGCGGGGGAAGGGGAGGGGACGGAGACCGAAGAACGGAGGUCCUUAUGUUUCUUUUCUUUCCUUAAAUCUUGCCCGGCCUGAAGAGGCCGGAAGUUGCAUCUCUGGACAAGUGAACUCUGAGACCUGGGAAUGGCGGGCGGGACCCGCUCCUCCCUUGGGGUCUAGAGGAGACCCCCGGAGAUGGUCCCUGAUGAGCAGCGUGAUGGUGGAAAGCUGGACUGGUCUCCCGAAAGGCGAAGCCGAGGCUUCUUCCUCUGAACUUUUGGCACGUUCUUUGACUUGCUUGUGGCCGUAGUGUCAGGCCUGUAUUGCACAUUUAUGUCUGUGGUGCGUUUCUCCAUCUGGGCCAGCUGAGGGGCCCACGGACGUAGGGCACCCACAAUAGGCGUGUGUCUGCUGUGUGUUUGUGUUCGGCCGUCCUGCUUCUCUGCUUCCACACGUACACAUGCCCCUGAGUUACUUUGGUUCAUCUUCUGUACUCUGUCAGUUUUCUGCUGGUCAGAACACCUGUGACUGUGACAGAGCUGUCCAGGAUUGCAGUGGAUAGGAAUUUCUUCACAUGGCUCCUGGAGAAGUGACCAUCACAGUUCGCCUCAUCCGUUCCUUUGAACAUCGCAAUUUCAAACCUGUAGUGUAUCACGGAGUGAAUUUGGACCAAACUGUAAAGGAAUUUAUCGUAUUUCUAAAGCAAGAUGUCCCUUUAAGGACCAGCCUGCCACCACCAUUCAGAAAUUAUAAAUAUGAUACACUAAAGAUUAUUCAUCAAGCACAUAAAUCAAAGACAAAUGAACUUGUGUUGAGUUUGGAAGAUGACGACAGACUCCUGCUGAAAGAAGACAGCACUCUGAAAGCAGCUGGAAUCGAGGAGGAGGAUGAGAAUGAUGUGCAUUCCGAUCUCUUGGCUGAGGACAGUAGGUGUCUGCUCUCCAAAUAUGCAGAAUGCAAAUGGCUGUUUUCAGAAGGUAUGCUCAGAAUUCUCCUGAGGGUCAUUUUAAGUGAUGGGUUGUUAGUACCAAGUCUACUUACUCUUAUCAUUGUCACUUGAGCCAAUGGUUGGAGAGAAAUGGACAUAGUAAGAACUAAUGAGGAAUAAUGAAACGCAUUGUUGGUAUCACAUGCAGUGUGGUUUUUGAUAGUCUUCCGAAUCACUGAGGGCCCACCAAAGCAUGGAAUUUAAAAUAGGAACCUGGUGUGUGCAGCUGAAAACUACCUGAUUGGGCCUUCCAGCCUAGAAUGUGCAUGUGGUUUUAUUCUAAAUAAAUGUUAUGUGACAUGUUUUGUGACCAUUAGAUGUCACUGUUAUUCUACGUGUAUGUACACCUAAAGCUGAUCUGGCAGGAGAGGGAGUGGAGAUUGUCAGGGAGGUCUGAGUGGUUAAAGGCAGUGUGCCCCUCACACACCUCUGCGGUUGGUGACGGAUGCAGUGUCACAAGCCAUGCUUCUUCUUAAUUAUUUAUUAAUUAAUUUAUUUUUUGAGACAGAGUCUCACUCUGUCGCCCAGGCUGGAGUGCAGUGGUGCAGUCUCGGCUCACUGCAACCUCCAUCUCCCAGGUUCAAGCGAUUCUCCUGCCUCAGCUUCCUGAGUAGGUGGGACCACAGGUGUGCACCACCAUGCUUGGCUAAUUUUUGUAUUUUUUUAGUAGAGACAGGGUUUCACUAUAUUGGCCAGACUGGUCUCGAAUUUCUAACCUCAGGCGAUGUGCCUGCCUCGGCCUCACAUUGUUCGUAAUUAUUUAUAUGCACUUGUUAAGGAACACGGUUAGUGAGGUGCACAUUGGGAGCCUGAAUUUUUUUUUUUUGACGAGUAUUAUUUUGAGUUACUUUAAUCACGUGUAUCAGGAAUUUACUUCUGAUUGAUUCACGUGACGAGCAUGAAUUCCUGACAUAGAUCUUCUGAGUUAAGUAGGAUCUUAAAUACCAUGUUGUGAAAUCUUAGACUUGAUUUCUGUGUUGAUGUCUACAAUAUUUGCUAGAGUAUUCUUGUCUUUCCAUGUUAUGAAUAUGUAAGGUUGUUAUUUUGAAGAAUGAUUUUAAAUUUGGCAUUUGUUUCUUUAAAUGCUAUUAUAUUAUUGUAGCAGGUGGCACCUUUGUGACUGGGGCAUGUAGCACCCAUAAGGUAGCCCUGCUUGUUGUUAAAGCAUAAAGCAUAAUGAAUAUUACAGACUGAUAUUAAUGGGGGUGUUGACAGACAGCUCCAUGGAAAACACUGGAGAAUCCAAAAAUGAAAAAAAGGGUAAUAUUUCACAGGAUGAUAAAGUUGACAUUUCAAAUAAGUGAGGAAAGAAUGAUUUAGCCAGAAAAUUAUGUCAAGCCCAUUGCCAAAGCAUUCAGGAAAAUAAAAUUCAAACUCGUAUCUCAUCUCUGUUUUUAUUACAAAAUAAAUUCUAGAUGGGUUAAAUGUUAUAAUGUAAAAACAUUUUUUAAAAAGAAAGUGUGGUUCAAUAAUUUCAUAAUCUUGGGAAGGAGAAGAGUUUUCCAAGCAUGAGCUCAAAGACAGAAGCCAUAAAGGGGGAGAAGUGAUAAAUUUGACUACCUAUAAACUAAAAACUGUAAACACAGUUAAAGGAGAAACAAUAAACUUUGAAAAAUAUCUGCAGCAUAUACAACAGAUAAAAAGUUAUUAGCCUGGGGUCGGGCAUGGUGGCUCAUGCCUAUAAUCCCAGCACUUUGGGAGGCUAAGGCGGGAGGAUCACUUGAGGUUAGGAAUUCGAGACCAGCUUGGCCAAUAUGGUGAAAUCCCAUCUUCACUAAAAAUACAAAAAUUAGCCAGGUGUGGUGGCACACGCCUGUAAUCCCAGCUACUUGGGAGGCUAAGGCACGAGAACGGCUUGAACCUGGAAGGUAGAGGGUGCAGUGAGCUGAGAUCAUACCACUGCACUCCAGCACAGCACUCCAGCCUGGGCAACAGAGUGAGACUCUAUCUCAAAAAAAAAAAAAAAAAAAAAAAAAAAAAAAAAAAAAAAGAAAAAGAAAAAGAGAAAAAAAGAAAA